GUUUUUAACGGUGGAGUCAAUACGUCGCGUAGCCGCGUUUUCGAUUUGUUACUAUGAAUUGUUUUUUGAAACUAUUUAUCACGUGUUGUGUUUUUGUUGCCUUUUUUGAGUUCUUUGUCACGUGGGAUUCUUUACAGACAGUUCUUGACUCCGUGAAACCGGUCGCUAGAGUGACGAAAGCAGGCAAUGGGACGGGUCUGAAUAGUGUUGAGGUGACGGAUGCGGAUGGAGACAUACAGACGACUAACACUAAUGAGGUAAAACAACAAAAGACGAAUAUACAAGAAAACUCACAAAGUAAGCCAGGUCAGGCAAUAAAGGAUCCACAGAAAAUAUCUCAUAAAGCAAACGAGAGCCGUCCAGUUGGGCAAAAGAAACAAGGAGUUGUAGAUCGACAGCUGAACAAGACAUUCGAUAAGACGGACAAUGACACCACUGCACAUGUUGGACCAUCUAUUAUAAAACAACAAACGACGAGUAAACAAGAAACCUCAAAAAGUGAUAAAGAAUCAAUAAAGGAUUCACAGAACAUAACCAUUAAAGCAAACGAAAGUCAUUCAGUUGGGCAAAAGAUUGAAAAUAAUAAACCUGACAAGAAGCAAGGAGUUGCAGAUCGACAGCUGAACAAGACAUUCAAUAAGACGGGCAAUGACAGCACUGCACAUGUUGAAUCAUUUAAUAUAAAACAACAAACUACGAGUAAACAAGAAAACUCAAAAAAUAAGCCAGGUGAUGCAAUAAAGACUCCCAAGGACAUAAGCUCUAAAGCAAAUGAGAGUCAUUCUGUUGGACAAAAGAUUGAAAAUGGUAAACCUGACAAACAAAUUGUCGGAAACAACGACAAGCACAAUACACAAUCCCAGCCGGGAAGUGACAAAAAUAAUAAAAUAGACGCACCGGCCAAAAAAACACGAAGAUAUCUGUUUCCGUUACAUUGGGAUUACAACGGGCCCAAUGUACAAUAUGGUUCUUUCGCUAAAGGAGUCGCAUUUGCUCUGGCAUAUGGACGCACUGUGGUCGAAAACUGGUUUGGAACUCACUGGACAUCUGGCGCAAAGAGUAUACGGUUUCUCAACGAGACAUUCGACAUGCAGACACUCGGUGAAAUAGUUGAUGUAGCAUUAGUCGACGAAUUUAGAAAAGACUGUAACAGUACUGUUGAGAGGUUACUAAUGCAUCCCUAUUACAGAAUGGGUAGUGUCAAAACAAAACCAGAAUACCUCGAGCGCUUUAAAUUUAAACGUGAUGGACUAGAAAAACGGUAUGGAAUCAAGUUACCAGAUUCCUCCCAUAUUCCGGAAAACAGCCAACAGGCGGAAGAGCUGCUGUUGAAUCCGCCUGAUACAAAAUGUCUUGGAGUAUUAGAUCCGGGUAUAGACACGAGGUGGGAAUUCCCUGCUCUUACAAAACAGUAUUACAAAGUGCAUUCUCAUCUCAGGGCACCGAAGUAUAUAAUGAAAAUGGCCGAUGAUGUGGCUGGUAAACUCUGUGACGGUGAUCCUUUCAUGGCAUUGCAUUGGAGGAACAGAUCAGGAGAGGCAUGUGGUCGAAAUAACAAACCAUGUGGGAUCAUGGAUCGUAUACAUAAUAUCACUCGCACUGCUGAAGUUGCUGCCAAAGAUAUAUUUAAAUUGAUGAAAGAUCGUAGUAUUUCGUGUUUAUACGUUGCUGUGCCUUCUUUUUCAGUGGUAAGCGUCGUAAUUGCUUGA